CAAGGCACGAGCGGACCACCCGUCCUCGUCUCAGCGUCAAACACUUUCGAUCCUGCUUCUGUACUCUACUUAUGUAUACUGUAUAGCUGUACAUUCUACUUUGGAUAAACUCAACUCCCUGAUCCGAUGAAGUCAUGGGAAUUCGUACCGACAGAGACUCAUGACUGCAAAAGUACAGUAUUUUCAAGACCUCCACGAAAUACAGUAACGGGACUCGAAAGGGCUUUUGUAAACCUCUAUUGAAUUUCUUUUUCUAUACAAAGCCGCAUGUCAACUGGAUAAGGAACACGGGUGCACUGAACUGAGAACAGUAAAGCAGGUCAAACCAAAUGAAACAUAUAUACAGUACACAUGUAUUGACCCGGGGUAUUGACUCACGUUCAAAGUGACCAGACCAGACGUUUCGGAACCGAAGUUAUAUUAAAAUGGGGUACACACCGAAAUAUUGCUUUCUUGUCCUUUGCUUUCUCGCAUCUACUGGUUUGCUACCACCUGUGCAUUGUACGACUUAUAAGUUCUCAAAUCGUGCUACUGACUUUUUACUCAAGAUUCAAAAUGGAUUUGAAAACUCCUCUAUCAGCUUAAAAGAUGAACUCUUCGUUGAUCGGAACAUCGACAAGGUUGGAUCAAACUUUGAUUGUCCCGAAUCUGUUUCGCCAACGGUUCCAGAAUCAGUUCAUUUAUUACGACCCGGAGACAUCAGGAUUAUUGGUGCUCUAGGUGACUCGUUGACGGCGGCGUAUGGAGCUGGUGCGAGCUCUUUCUCACCUGUGAUGUUCGAAUACCCAGGGGAAGCAUCAAGUAUUGGAGGCGAUAAAACGUUGGAGGAGAUCAUUACACUUCCGAAUAUUUUCAGAAAGUAUAAUUCUCAUCUGUAUGGCUAUUCGACCGGACUUUCUGUCAUUUUAACCCAACCAUUCAACAAACGAUUGAAUGUGGCAAUCAGUGGAUCUUAUGCAACAGACAUGCCUGGCCAGGCUCGGGAGCUGAUCCAAACAAUGAAAGAUGAUCCUUCGGUCGAUUUUGAGAAUGAUUGGAAACUGAUAACAUUAUUCAUUGGCGGGAAUGACCUAUGCAGUGGAUGUCUGUACGCUAAAAACUCACCAGCAAACUACAUUAAAUUUGUGGAAAAGACCAUCCAAAUAUUACACGAUGAGAGCCCAAGGACAUUCGUCAACGUUAUUGGAAUAAUGCAAGCUAAUCAGAUCAUGAAGCUACAGGGCCCGACGAUAUGUAACUUAAUUACCAGUGUGUUCUGCCCAUGUGCAUUAGGAGGGUCAAUCCCACAACACUACGUUUAUCUCAAAGCCAGAGAAAUGCAGCGACUUCUUCGCAACUCUGUAGAAAGUGGAAAAUAUGAUGAUAAAGAUGAUUUCACGGCAGUAUAUCAGCCAUUUUUAGAAGACACAACUGUUCCUACACUACCGGACGGAGAAGUCGACAGGUCAUUCUUUGCACCCGAUUGUUUUCAUCUCAGUCAGAAGGGACAGGCUGCCCAGUCAACGGCCAAUUGGAACAACUUGUUUGAACCUGUAGGAUCCAAAGAUACAUCAUAUGACACUGGUGAAAAACUCAACUGCCCUUCACAGGACUUUCCAUACCUCUACACCAAUGUCAACAGUAAACCAGGAUUUCUUACCAAACUUCAAAGAUCACACACUUUCGACAAUGAGGUACCAAAUACCAAUGCAACAUCGGCACGAGAUUUACGCAACCAUGUCCACGAGAUCAACACAAUACUUCGUCUUGUUCCAUAGCUGUCCUCAUAUCUUUAGUUGGCAGAAAAUAAAUAUUUAGGGUAUCAUUUUCAAGACCAUAUGGCAUUCCGGUAUUAAUCCAUUGAUGGUGUUAUAUUUUGGUGUCACCAACACUUUAACACCACACGGUGUGGUCUGAUCCUAUGUACAUGUAUGGGCUGCUUACUCAGUCGGAAAGCGGAUUUCCAUGGACUAUACCUAACAUGGUUUAUAAGAUAACCUUGGUGUAAUUAAAUCUACACCGUGCAAUGUUAGUGUUGAAUAGACACCAACACUGUGUCAAAUAUCACCACUUGCAUGCAGAGAAGUAUUUGGACAUACCAGUGCUAGAUUGUAACACCAUAACAAGACAAUUUUAAACACUAGCUCCAAUUGACAUUGGCUGUGAUGUUCAAUCGAUCAUAAUAUGUCAGCAUCGUUAUUGUUCAUUAAAAUCAUUAUUAUCAUCGUCACUUUCUUCCUUAUCACCAUCAGUGUUGUUAUUUGUCAGCUUAUUCUUCACAAGCAGGUGCUUAUUAUAUGAA